GCGGGCGCCCCCAGGGCCGCUGCCGGGCAUGCGCGGCGCCCCGGGAACAUGGCGGCGGCGGCGGCGGCGCGCAGCUUGACAGACCCCCGCCCGCUCCGUUUCCUCAAAGGUAUGCUGUGUGCCUCUAAGAACAAAUAGAGAGCUCCUUGCUGUGGCAAAUAAGGGAACCUGUUGUGCUGAAAGGAAAAAUUAACUGGUCUUUCAACUUCAGCCUUUUUAUUGUGAAAGGGAAGAUCACAGAAUUAUCAUGGGGAGAACAGCAGCUAAAGACAUGGGGAGAGGCACUCCAGACCAAGACACCAUAGCAUCUGUAAAGUGUAGACAGGGGGAAACUUUUCUGAGUGGUGGGAAGUAUGGUGGAUGCAGACUGUCUCACUUGAAGACAGUCAGGUAAGUAAUUCUUCCUGUUAAUGGUUUGCAUCUACUUGGGUAAAAUAGUUCAAUUCUGUAGCAGUCUCCCUGACACUGAUGGUUGGAGUGAGAAGAGUUAAAGGGCCCUCUUUUUCCUGAGUUCAGUCAUACAUAGUGAUAGAUAUUCUGAAUAUUUUGGGUAAUUAUCAGCCAUGUUCAAGAAUAACUGGUCAAUCAAAAAUAAGUAGAGAUGCUUUGAGUAUAUUGUUUGCUGGGGAGGCUGCUUAACCUUCUGAAACAAGUGAUUUGCUUAGACUCCUGUUCAGGAAGCAGUCUCUCUUUAUGACAAUUCUUACCUGCUCUUGCUUCCUUACACUGAGAGUGUUGAAUUGAACCAACCUCAGUGACGCCUACAUUUUUCUCAUUUCUGGGAUUAUUGUUCAUUUUGGCUUUAGACAUAACAACUAAAUGGAUUUCCCUCUUCCUCUUCUGAAAUGGAGACAGAUCUUGUGUUCAGACUGAUUUUUUUGUCAUUUGUCCUUGAUCUGGUCAACAAAGAAGAUCUGGCUUGACUUGGUGACCAGCAAAUGAUAGGUGGAGUUGUUCACCAUAAGUUAAUUUUUUUCAAAACAUUGUUUCUUCUUAGGAAGCAGUGGUCAAAUUUUAAGAAGUAGGUAAGCUCAGUAUUGUAAUUGGGAGUGGGUGACUGGGGCAGCAGUGCUGAAUAUUUGUGGGAUUGCACAAAAGCAGCUGCCAUGGGAGUGGCAGUUUACUGCACUGCAUCAAUCUGCACAGUAAAUGCUAUGUGUUGGCAACUGUCUCGGGCCUGUACCUGCCCUGGUGUGCCUCUGGUUAAGCUGCUUGGGAAGUUUUAUUUAUUUCAAGAUUUCACAAAAGGACCCAGCACUUAAAGAACUGGAUUAAAAAAAACAACCCAAAGAUACCUGCAUACAUGUUCCUGUACUUAAGCUCACCUUCUCUGCCUGUAGUGCAGGAGGGUCCACAUUACUCCCCAUUUCUGAUUUGAGGGGGAUGGGAUGUGCUAUCACAGCCUGUCAUUUUCUAUACAACAGUAUCCUUUUCUAACUUAACUUGUCCAAAGUCUCUCUCCUUUUUCUAGGUCUGUGAAUGCCUAUGCCUUCUUUAUUUCAAGGUUAAUCUAAGGAAAAACGAAAUACCCUAGCCUAGAUGGAACCAGCUAUAUAGCUUUAAAUUGGAGCAGUCUAAUUCCAAAGUAGUUGGUGGCCAUGCACCCUAUGGGCUCCACCACACUGUUUCACCAUGUUAACACAUGGGCAGACACUCCUUGGCAUGUUGUGGCACCCUGCCUUACCUUCAACUCCCUGUGGGCUCCCCCAUGGCAUUGUACUGUAUGAGUGCUUCGGGCUGCUCCACGCCCCCAGAGUGGGAGCAUGCAGCACAAGCCAGAGGAGGGAGAGGGAGUCCUGAGACCAACUGCUGCUGCAGCUGGAUAGGGGCAAGUGAUUGCCAAGUGGUAGCCUGGGGACUGAAAGUUAACCCUUCAUGGGCCACCAGUUAAACAGCUAUUCUAUAAACCUGCUAUUCUAUAAAAACAGCUAUUCUAUAAAAGUGGCUUAGCUUUGGAGCUGAACACUUGCUGUCUUAUUUGUCACUGUGUUACCUUGCCAGCUGGUUUUGUAACCAUCUCUUCUAGAGCUGCCUUUAACUUAAUAGGGCUUUUGGGCAGAAUGAUGCUGUUAAAUGAGAAAGCAGAGCUAGCAAAUGUACAGCCUUCGUAGAAGUUAAUUCAGGUCACAGAACUUAGUCACGGAUGCAUCACUUCAAGUUUACCAUCUUGAGAUCUUAGUGAAAUCUACAGCGGUCAUCUUCCUUGGAGUUGGUAUUGUAUGCAUAUGCCUUGCCAUUCUUGUUUAGACAUCUGUUACUUAUAAUUGAUAAGACAAUAGAAAAAUGACUGAAAAGGGGAAAGAUGCAGGAACAGCAGAGGCACAGUCAUGUUCUAGAGUUCUUUUCCUGAUUAAUUUUAUAAUUGGAGUGGUAAGAUUUUUAUAUAGGCCUCCAUUCCAUGAAUUAAUGACACAGUAGGAACCUUAAUUAAAAAAUACGUUGGUAAUGUGUCCUCCCCAACCCCACCAAAUUUAUAGGGACCAGGGCCAAGAUUCUCAACUACUAUCUCAACUAUCCACUUAACUAGAGAUCUGGGUAUCCUUAAUUUUUGUGUGGCCAAUGUUAGAAACCUGAAAGGAGCUUGAUUGUUGGGCAGUCAGUAUGCAGCAAUGUGUGAGCAGAACCUUUUCAGGUGUUUCAAAUUGAACAUUGUGUUUGCAAAUCUUGGCUCAGAGGUCCAAGAUCCUUUGACUGAUAAUCCUAUUUAUUUAGCAAAAAUAAAGAGUGUUGAAAAUAAAGGUAGGGAAGUUUUUUGUGCAGCCAAGAGAAGUUAUUUUUAGUGGGGUUUUGUGGCUUUAUUAAUAAUGUAGUAAAGUAAUGAGCAUUGCAUGAUUUUCUAUAGUAUACCUUUAUUUUAACACUACUUCUAUUAUAAACUAUAAGUAUAAUAAAAUUUAAUCUUUGAUUGCAGACUGAAAUGUACAGCCAGAUAUGCAUACUUAAGUCUCAAGAACAUCAUAUUUUGCUGUGUUUGAAUGUGUUUCAUAUCAAGUCUUAUUGUUACCCUGGAUUGUUUUUGUAAUGUAAAUGUUAAAUUUGUUAUGUGACAUCUUAUUUUUCUCUUUAGAUUCAAAGAAUUCUAAGAAGGAUAAACAUGGGAAAAGUCAACAGUCAAACCACCCAUCUUUAAAAAAUGAACAGUUUAAUUGGGAUGAUUACUUGAAAGAGACUGGAUCAGUAGCUGCUCCUCCACAUUGUUUCAGACAGUCUAGGAUCCCACCAACCAAUGAUUUUAAAGUUGGUAUGAAACUGGAAGCCCAUGAUCCUCGAAAUGUUACCUCAGUGUGUAUAGCUACAAUAAUUGGAAUUACUGGUGCCAGACUACGGCUGCGGCUUGAUGGAAGUGACAACAAAAAUGACUUUUGGAGGCUAGUGGAUUCCUCUGACAUACAGCCAAUUGGGACCUGUGAAAAGAAAGGUGGUAUGCUUCAACCUCCACUUGGGUUCCAGAUGAAUGCAUCUUCUUGGCCAAUGUUUCUCUUAAGAACACUAAAUGGAGCUGAAAUGGCACCUGCAACAUUCUUUAAGAAGGAACCACCAAAACCUGCUCCAAACUCUUUUAAAGUUGGAAUGAAACUGGAAGCAGUAGAUAGAAAGAACCCUUACUUAAUUUGCCCAGCAACCAUUGGAGAUGUUAAAGGAGAUGAAGUUUUUAUUACAUUUGAUGGCUGGAGAGGAGCAUUUGACUAUUGGUGCAAAUAUGAUUCUCGAGAUAUUUUUCCAGUUGGAUGGUGUAGCUUGACAGAAGAUGCACUACAGCCACCAGGGAACAAUGUUUCCACUACGAAGACUAGUGCAAAAACCCAGUCUUCCCCUUCCAAAGUGACCCGGCGUGCAAUGCAGUCACCACAGAAAUCUGCUUCAGGAUCAGCUCAGCGGGGCAGAAAACAAAGUCGGGCUAAACCUACCGGGCAAUCUGUAGUUCCUACGAAGGGCAAGUCUCCUAAAAAUAGUCCUUUGACAAAAAACGCCACUCAUACCGAAAAUCUCAAAACAAGGGAAAAAACCUUGAAACCUGGAAGAAAGAAAAAAACCUCACCAGUUCAGUCUCCUCCUGCACCUUCAUCUCCACUUACUUCUCCUGAUGGGGACAGUGGCAGUACACAGGUACUUAAAGAUGGCAUUGGCAUUGCUGGUACAACAGCAGCUGUUAUAUCCACAGUUUGCGUGUAUGUUAACAAGCAUGGAAACGCUGGACCUCACCUGGAUAAGAAGAAAGUUCAGCAACUUCCAGAUCACUUUGGACCAGGUCCUGUAAAUGUGGUACUUCAGCAGGCUGUGCAGGCCUGUGUAGACUGUGCCUGUCAAUCCAAAACAGUCUUUGGAUUCCUGAAGUCAGGGCAUCAUGGAGGGGAGAUGAUAAACGCCUCCUUUGAUGGGGAAAAACACGCCAUCAAUCUUCCUUCUGUAAACAGUGCAUCGUUUGUCCUUCGGUUCUUGGAGAAACUCUGUCACAGCCUGCAGUGCGAUAAUCUUUUUAGUAGCCAGCCCUUCAGCCCUUACAUGGGGAGUGCACACAGUCCUACAGAAUAUGACAAGAGUAAACCAGCAAAAGAGGAAAUAUCAGAAAACAGAAUUACGAAACGUUUUUCUCAGGAUUCUCCACCAUACAGUGCCCCUCUUUCUCCUAAACUGCCCAGAACUGAAGUUCACCCAUCUGAAGCAGAAACACUACCUAAUGAAGAAAACUGCAUCCCCAAAGAACACAGAUUUUCUGAGGACCCUCUGGAUUCUGUACUCAAUUCAGUAAGUCCUUCAAGUCCAACUUGUCGAAAUUCUACUGAGUAUCGUAGCUCAGGAAGCGUAGCAUAUUACAGGACUUCCCUUCAGCCGGUGACUGCUACCUCAAAGUCAGCCCCAAUCCUACGUAGGCUGUCAUCGAGUUCUGCUGGGAACACCAGUUACUAUGAAGUCAACAGGAAUCGAAUACAGAGGAGGAUUGAAGCUGCAAGUUCCACAACUGGACCUGAUCUCCAUGCACUAAAGCGGGAACCCUCCCGAGUACUGAAUAAGGAUCCUUCCACCUGGUCAAUAGAUGAAGUAAUGCGGUUUGUGAAAGAAGCUGAUCCUCAGGCAUUAGCCCCACAUGCAGAACUCUUCAGGAGACAUGAAAUUGAUGGGAAAGCACUACUGUUGCUGAGGAGUGAUAUGAUAAUGAAAUAUAUGGGACUGAAGUUGGGGCCGGCAUUAAAGCUAUGCUACCACAUUGACAGACUUAAACAAGGAAAGUACUAGCCAGUGGGAACACAAUAAUCUGUGUGUUCAUACCAGACUUACCUCUCAGGUUCACAGACAUGGUCUUUAUUUAAAAAGUAUUUUGUUGUUGCAAACAUUUGCGGUUUGCAGAAGUUUCCUCUCAAAAUGUGAUAAAAUAUUUACUAACAAGAAAAAAGGACUAUAUUACAUUUUAGGAACUGAUUUGGAAAGGUACACAGGAAAAGGCAGUUAGGACUGUGUUUUGGGGGUUUGUGGGGUUUUCUUUAAGUGAUACUUUCAUGGACACUAUACACAGAAAACUGAGAAAUGCAUUCUCUUUUACAGACUUCAACUGAUACAUUCACAUUCAAAACCAAAACAGCUGAAUCCCAAAGGAAAAACAGCAUCAGGUGUUGAUAAUUUUUACAGGGAUGGCUGUAAAAUUUUACAUUAUGAGAAAAUUUUAAAGAUGCAGCAGUAAACUUCAUCUCUUUUAGUGAAUACUCUGUGACUGGUUCUCCAGGAGAGUAAUGUUCAUUUAGAUUAUGCUAUACAGAUUUCCAUAAAGGGAAUAGACAUAUGAAUGGUUUCAUUUGUGUGUGCUUUUAAUACAAAUAUAAGCUUUUAUAAAGUGUGGUUAUCAGUUCUCUGGUAAAUUAGGAGGACAAAAAGUACAGUAUGUUGUCAGUUUAUACAGGCAACAUGUCUGUUUCAUGGAAAGGGCAUUUUCUCAGCCGUUUUGAACAGCUGAUUGUUCUGGGUUGAACAGACGUUUCUCUGGAACAGAACACCAACAUUUUAAACAUUCCAUUUUUUCUGAGCUUGGCGUGGAUAUAUUGAUGCUUGUGUGUGCGUGUGCGCGUGUGGUACAAACAUAUAUAUACUGUACAUAUGUAUUCAGUUUUUUUAAAGUAUUCAAAAGGUACUUUGCACUGCAGCAGAGGAAACAAGAAACUGUAUAGUUCAGUUUUUUACUGGUAAAUUUUGUUAUGUACUAUUUUCAUAUUCAUUAACAACUGUCUGUUUCGCUUUUCAUUCCUGUGGGGUAAGAAACAAUCAGUGAAUGGAUGGAUUCACACAGGAGGGUUCCUUGUACUAUGCAACACUCCCUUUCACACAUUGAUUAGCUCUGAGCCAUUUAUUCUGGUAUAGUAUCUGGAAAAAUACAUUUUAGUUCUCAUGUUCAUUCUUUUUUGGCUCUUUUUAACUUCCACAUUUUGUGCAAGUGGUACUACAUACCAGUAUACUUUUUUUUUGUAUAAACUUGGUGCUGUUUAUAUAAGCUACAGAAUGAGUGCUGAUAGUAAAACAAUUUGCUGUCACUGCCAAUCAAAUAAACAUCAGGGACAAGAAUGUACAUUUUCUGUGUAGGAAACUGAAUGUACUGUAUGUAAUAGUGCAAGUGAUAAAGAACUACUUACUAGGAAAGGUGUAGUCCUAAAAGGGUAGGUUUUAUUAUAUUUCUUAUUGCCUUUUUAUAUGAAAGCAUCUAGUAAAAAAAAAAGUAUUUUUUACAAAUUGCUUUUUGAAAAUGCCUUUCUUAUUGCUAGUUAAAUAUUCCUCAGGUUUUUGCAGAACUACUGCAAAAUCACACCUUUUGUAGUUCACAAAUUGUCAAGUAUUUUGUUAAAUAACUACAACACACAUUCAAUAUAGCAGUUCAUCUGUUUUUUUCAGGAUUGUUUUAGUAUACUACCAUAAAGCAUUUGACAUUAAGGGUUUUGUAUUUUGAUUUAUUUUUGCAUAUUUUUGUGUGCAUGUAUAUUAAAUGAACAAUACACUUUAUAGCUAGUAAGAGGCAGAACAAUGAUUGGAAAAAUAUAGUAUAUUUUUUUCUUUGAGUUAUGAGAUGCCAACUCAAGUUAUUGCUUAUAUAUGAAAGAAAAUAUUGUACUCCAGAUAUGUUAGGUAUAUUGUGUAUAUCAGUGGUGCCCCACCAUGCAGGCCAACAUUUUCCAGGCCUGCAGGCCAAAUGAGUGGCGGGUCAAUCUGUCGGAUGGACCCUGUGUGGGGUUUGUUCAUGGGUCUGGAAAUGUGGAAGCAGUUAAUGUUGCCAUUACUUUUCUGCUGUCAAAUUUCCAGACCCUUGGGGAGCCCUGCAAGCCUGAUGACUAAGCUCUGUGUACCAGAUUUGGCCCAUGGGCCGGGGGUUGAACACCCCUGUUUUAUAUGAUAUUUAAUCACUGUUGAGAAUUAUGUUGAAUGAAGAAGAAAAGUACCACUUUCUUAAAAUUGUAUUGAAAGUACUGUAUUCACUCAAAGCUAAGAUGAGGCUUUUCUCCUCAAUCACUGCCCUGGGGGGGGGACCUCUUGUCUUAGAUCUCAGUACCAGCCUGGGCCAGAUGACAGUUCAGCUCUGGCUUUGGCCCCAGACCUAGAGACAAAGCUGGAGCACUGCUGCCACCUGCCCAAGGCUGGGUGGGGGAGGCAGCACACAGCAGGGGUAGUGGGUAAGAAACCCAAGGGGUAGGGCUUGGGCAGAAGUGCCGGGGGUAGGGUGGCAGGCACAGGUGUAGGGGGGGUAAGUAGGGGCAGGCACUGGAGGGGAUGAAGUAAUGGGGGGGCACAAGCACACAGAAGGCAAGGGAUAGGUGGUAAGGGAGCCACAUGGCAGGGGAGCAGAUGUGGGGGUUAAGUGGCAAAGGGGGCAGGCAGUGGUGGGGGAAGGGGCAGAGGUGACAAGCGGCAGAUGGGUUAGGCAGCAGAGGAUAAGCACAUGUAAUGGGCAGGCUAGGGAUAAGAGGGCAGGUCAGGAAGGUAAGGGGGGUGGGGGCAAGGUGCUCUGGCUCAUUGCCCCUUGCUGCUGGCUUUGCAGGGACAAAUUGAAGAUAUCCUUCCAAUAAUUCGAUUCUAUAUAAUAUGGAAAAUUAUAACAGAUAUAUAAGUUUUCCAUGUAUAGAAUUUCAUUAUUGGGACAUUGUCUAAAGUUCAAAGUAAUCUUGGAUUUGGGUAAAUACUGUAAUUCAGACAGAAAUUACAUUCUUGCAUUCACCAAAUAAUGUGUAUAAACAAAGAUGUUUAAAUUUUCUAUUUUAUACAAGGCUUUUAUGGAACAAUGGAGUUUCAGCCUUUUUUCAUACAUUCCACCAUUUGGUAUAAAUAUUUGUAAAGAGUUUUGCCUGCAUACAUGCACAUGAAAUCCUAGAAUGUCACCAGGCAAGAAUUUCACAUUGUAUUAUAGCAUGAGAUUCAAGCAUGAGCUUCAAGAUUCAUGUGUUGUAACAGAUUAUAUUUUUAAUUCUUUAUUUUCAACUGGAUGUUCUUAACUAUAAGCAAAAAAAAUAAAAUAAUUUUUGUGCAGUGUU